ACGAGCAAUUUUGAGAGUUAGUCUCUCGCAAUAACGAAUGAUAACAGUAUUUUAUAUUUGACGACGAAUUUAUUUUAAUUUAAUUAAUUGUAAUUGUGAUCCAGGCCUGUGACAAAGUGAAUAAAUUAAUUUCAAGACUAUUGUACAUUAAAUUCUGUGUUUUAGUUAUUUUCUCAUUUAUCAACCAUUGACUAUUAUUAUUUUAAACAACAAAAAUCGCGACUCGAGACAAACAGUUAAUUAACAAAAUUUUAUCUACUCGACGCGUAACACAAAUCAACAAGUUCAUUCGAAUUAAUUAAAUGAAAAGGAACAACAAUGUACAGUCUAAAUGUGAAUGUGAAUCCUAGUCCUUCGGCUGCCGCGGGUCUUCUUGGUGUCGCGGCGGCCGAGGUCACUCCAAGGACACCGGAAAUUGUAAAUUCCCUUAUCGCCAUGACGAAUCCCUUUGAGAGUUACAAUAGCGAAAAAACAAGAGAUCGAACCGAUUCAACGAGUAGCGGCGAACCAAGUCCUCCAAGUGUUCAACAUACCUGCAGUCAGCUUAUUAAAGAAGGAUUAAAGCUGACUCUUCAAACAAAAAGAAGAGCACACGGCAGUGGCGAUGAAAGCAAGAAAAAGACGAGAAAAGAAGAUGGUAGUGCAGACGACGAAGAAGAUGACGACUCCAAUCACAACAAUCAUUCUUUGACUCCAGAGGACGAGGAGAGACGUCGCCGAAGACGAGAGCGUAAUAAAAUAGCAGCGACAAAAUGCCGAUUAAAAAAACGCGAGAAAACGGUUAUUCUUGUGCAGGAAUCGGAAAUUCUCGAGACACAAAAUCACGAUCUAAAGACUCAAAUACAAGAAUUGGAAACUCAACGACGAAGACUCGUCGAUAUGUUGAGUUUACAUACGCCAACGUGCGUGAAGCAUGGUGGCGCAAGUGACACUUCCUAUCAACAAUAUGCCGAGCCACUUCCUCCAUUACCUAGUUAUCAAGAAAAUUUCCUAUCGCCACAAUUAAAUCCAACGCAAAAUUGCGUCUCGGAUUAUCCAGUUAAAGUUGAGAAUUUCGAUAGUUCAGCAUCGGAUUAUUAUCGACAAAAUAGUCCCUAUAUACCAACAUCGGAUUCAAGUUGCACUGUCUAGUCGAUGAGACGUUGAUUUUUUAUUAUUAUUAUUAAUUAAUUAAUAAUUAUUAUUCGGAGAGUCGUGGACUUUUGGAUAUCAAAGUGAAUCUUCCAAGAAAGACACAAAUGCCGUCAAUCCACUUCCAAAUGUAUACAAAAAUUUGGCACAAGAUACAGUAUUUAUUUCUAAAUUUAAUCGCUAGCUUUAUAAUUUAAUUUUUUUUU